AUUUUCUUCACAAGUAGUUAGUUUAAUUUUAAAACAAAAUAUAUGCUGAAACAUUCAUGUGAUAAUAAUUGUUCUUCCAUAUCAUGUGCCAUUGUUAUUAUGUGACUUCCAACAGAGUCAUUUAAUAAAGAAAUUUUGUCAUUAGCUUGUGUUUUCUCACAGUUAAAUCGGGCAUUGAGUUUGGAUUGAUGAGCUCCUCAGCAGUAUCAGGACCUCGCCCAUUUCAGCUGAGGAAUGCCUCGGUAGCCUGGUCUCAUCUCUGUCCUUACCAACAAAGCAGAUUGACUGGGCUUUGUUUGAAACUGAUGUGAAAGUUUAUUUGGCUUUACAACACUGUAUUUGUUGAAUACUAGCUGACAUGAACUGAUCAAAACAGACUGGAUAUAAUGAGAUAGUAUAGUGAGUUGGUAACUUUAAGGAAAAUAAAGGGGUUUUCAUGAAAGUCAUAAUUAAUCUUAUGUUUCACCUUUGCAAAAUGUAUGUGAACAAAUUUCUUUCAGUAAAUUUUCCUGUGAAAAUGCCUGUGAACUACCAUACUUCGUAAUUCUUGAAGACCACGUUUUAAAGAUGCAGAGAAAGACUAAAAAAGGGCCUAUGACUGAGCCUGAGGCGCCCUAAAAAUUACAGGCUGAGUAGAAGUCAAGGAGAUGUUUCACAAAGCAGAAGAAUUCUUAUCCAAAAGGACAGACAGUGAGAUGGAUGAGAUGGACACGUCCGAUACCCAGUGGGGCUGGUUUUACUUGGCAGAAUGUGGGAAGUGGCACAUGUUUCAGCUGGAUACCAACAUUCAGUGUUCAGUUAGCAGUGAAGAUAUCGAAAAAAGCUUCAAAACAAACCCUUGUGGCUCCAUUUCUUUUACUACUUCCAAAUUCAGCUACAAGAUAGACUUUGCAGAAAUGAAGCAAAUAAAUCUCACCACUGGAAAACAGCGCUUAAUAAAAAGAGCCCCCUUUUCUAUCAGUGCUUUCAGUUACAUCUGUGAAAAUGAGGCUAUCCCCAUGCCACCACACUGGGAGAAUGUGAACACGGAGGUACCCUAUCAGCUUAUUCCUUUGCAGAAUCAAACACAUGAAUAUAAUGAAGUUGCUACUCUCUUUGGGAAAACAAUGGAUCGCAACAGAAUUAAAAGAAUUCAGAGAAUUCAAAACCUAGACUUGUGGGAGUUCUUUUGCAGGAAAAAGGCUCAGCUCAAGAAAAAACGAGGUGUGCCUCAGAUUAAUGAACAAAUGCUAUUUCAUGGCACCAGCAGUGAAUUCGUGGAGGCAAUCUGCAUUCAUAACUUUGAUUGGAGAAUAAAUGGCAUACAUGGUGCUCUCUUUGGAAAAGGAACCUAUUUUGCUAGAGAUGCUGCUUACUCCAGUCGCUUCUGCAAAGAUGACAUAAAACACGGAAACACGUUCCAAAUUCAUGGUGUAAGUUUGCAACAACGGCAUCUAUUUAGAACAUACAAAUCUAUGUUUCUUGCUCGAGUGCUGAUUGGAGAUUACAUAAAUGGAGACUCCAAAUACAUGCGACCUCCUUCCAAAGACGGUAGCUAUGUGAAUUUGUAUGACAGCUGUGUGGAUGACACCUGGAAUCCAAAGAUCUUUGUGGUAUUUGAUGCCAACCAGAUCUAUCCUGAGUACUUAAUAGACUUUCAUUGAUUUCACUUCCAAAUCUCAGUGGUCAAGGAAGUUUUAUUCUGUUUUCACGGGAAGAUUUGCUCUCC